UCUCUCUGUAAAAAAGCUUGUUUCUUUUCUCUAGUCUCCUUUGUCUCUUGUAACCCUCUUCUAGUUUGGUCCUUGGUGUGUGCAGCAGUGCAUUAGUCACUCUCUCUCUGCCUGAAACGCACAGAGACAUCCCCAAAAUUAGUGCUCUUCUUCUCCUGAUCCUCAACUCCUUCUUCGUUAAACUUGUAGCUAUACUACUUCCUUAUAUAUCAGACAAAUCCUUGUAAAAGUCCUGCAAUUUUUACAGAGAUUCCAUCCAGGUCUCACACGUAACUUCCCCAUUCAAUGGAGAAAUCACCCUCACCCAUCCCCAUUCCUGAGAAAACCCCUCCACAGGACCUGCCAGAGGCGUCUCCAAAGCCUUACAAGAAAAGCUUUGUUACUACACUAAUGGAAGCCGCAACACUCCGCUCUCCUUCUUUCAAGGAAGACACCUACUUUAUCUCCCAGUUGAAGUCUUCUGAGAAGAAGGCGUUGCAAGAGCUGAAGGAUAAGCUCAUGGCUUCUUAUGGCCCUGACGGGGAAUGCGCCAUGUGGGGAAUCCCUCUUCUUGGUGGAGAUGAAAAGGCUGAUGUCAUUUUGUUGAAGUUCUUGCGAGCUAGGGACUUCAGGGUCUCGGAUUCGCUUCACAUGCUCGAAAAGUGUCUUGCUUGGCGGAAAGAGUUCUCCGCAGACAAUGUUGCGGAGGAGGACUUAGGUUUCAAGGAGCUUGAAGGAGUGGUCGCUUAUAUGCAUGGCUAUGAUAGGGAAGGGCACCCUGUUUGCUACAAUGCUUAUGGGGUUUUUAGAGACAAAGAUAUGUAUGAGAGAAUUUUUGGUGACGAAGAGAAGCUGAAGAAGUUUCUGAGAUGGAGAGUUCAAGUUCUGGAAAGAGGAAUAAAUCUUCUGCAUUUCAAGCCUGGCGGGAUCAACUCUAUUAUUCAGGUGACUGAUCUCAAAGACAUGCCCAAAAGAGAGCUUAGGGUUGCUUCAAAUCAGAUCCUCUCUCUCUUUCAAGAUAACUACCCUGAAAUGGUGGCUCGAAAGAUUUUCAUCAAUGUCCCAUGGUACUUCAGUUUGCUGUACUCAAUGUUCAGUCCAUUUCUAACUCAGCGAACUAAGAGCAAGUUCGUGAUCUCCAGAGAAGGAAAUGCAGCAGAGUCGCUAUACAAAUUUAUAAGGCCUGAAGAUGUUCCAGUACAGUAUGGUGGAUUGAGUCGACUCAACGAUUUGCAGAACGGUCCACCUAAACCAGCCUCCGAGUUCACUGUCAAGGGAGGAGAGAAAGUGAACAUUCAAAUUGAAGGGAUUGAGGCUGGUGCAACCAUAACGUGGGACCUUGUAGUGGGGGGCUGGGACUUGGAAUACAGUGCAGAGUUCGUGCCCAAUGCGGAGGGUAGCUACACCAUUGCAGUGGAAAAGCCAAGGAAAUUGAGCCCAUCAGAAGAGGCCAUUCACAACUUCUUCACAUCAAGGGAAGCUGGCAAAAUGGUACUUUCUGUGGAUAAUUCUGCUUCCAGGCGAAAAAAGGUUGCUGCUUAUCGUUAUAUUGUGCGCAAAUCAGCCCUGGUGUAGCUUUUCAAUAAGGGAGUUUGUAAGAGUAUUUGCCUUAAUUUUUGUUUUAUUUUGAUCCUUUUUUCCUUCUUUCCCUUUUAGGGGUUUAAUCAGUGAUUGUGAACUUUCUUUCCCUCAAGUCUACUUUUGAUAGUACUAAAUUGCUAAUGUGAUGUAUAAAUAUGGAGUUGUUAUUGUCAU